AUGGAUUCUGAAGAGAUUUUGGUGAGUGUGAAUUUUUUGUUGAUUUUUUGAUGAAUGGAAAUUUGUUAUAGGUUUGCAACGUGAUUGACUCUCUUGCACCAGACGCAAAAACACUCGUUAUGAGUUACAUUAUGGAAUUAUGCCACCGUUUCAAUGUGAGUUUUCCGAUUUUCGCUUGGCUCAUUAUUAAACAUGACAUUUUUGGUGUAGCGAACUGUUGAGUUGAUUUUCUCACUCUAUAGACAUCCUGGUCACUCGAUUAAUUCAGUAUUGCUCUGAAAAUCGUUAAAAUUACAAUCAAAUUUAUCUUUGAAAAUAUUUUUUCAAUCCGAUAAAAUGUUUUUUUCCGCAGUCCGCUCAAAUAUUCAAAUUCCAGCAACGCUCGGCUGUCCCCAUCAAUUUACAAGGCUACGAAUUUGCCAAUAUUGUUUCGACACUUCGCAAUUGUUUUCGAAUGCUCUACUUGAUUCUCGUAGAUAUUUUGGUAUGGAAAACUUUAUGGUUUUCAAACAUUUCAACAACAAAAAUAUUUACAGCAACCAGGAAGCAAUGAUCCAAUCCCACAAGGUUCAGUUCAAACAUUGAACUUUGGAAUCUGCAGUCUCUAUCUUAUGGAAGAGGUAAAUUUGUUAAUCAUUUUCAAUAAAAAAAAUAAAAAUUUAUUAUUGCAGGACAUUUAUCAAACUCUCGUUGAAGCGGGAUUGCAACAACCAUGA